GCUGAGAAUGAGACAAGGGGUCCUACUGGGUCUGUCUCUUGGGUGAGUGGCCGGAGGUCCUGAGUGAAGGGCCUGGGGAAGUGAGCAGGGCCCUUUUCCCAGGAGCUGGGUGAGUCUGGCCAGGAGCCAGAUUGGGCAGUGAAAUCUUGACAAAGCCAAUGAGCUCCCUUUCCACUGUGUUGCCUGCCACAGGAGUCCCCAGCCCCGGGCCAGGAGUGGGUGGGCUGGGCAGUCGCCUGGCCUAGCAGCCCAGUCAUCAGCCUGCUUGCUGCAGGGCUGGCCAGAGGUGUAACGUUACCAACAGCCUGCAGCCUGCUCCAGCCCCUCAGCCCCCACCAGCUGAUCACCUCCCUGGGCUCUGGCUCCCAGCCAAGGCGGGCUGUACAGGCUCAGCAUGGCUGGCCUGGGGGCUGGGUAGAAGGGAGACCCCACAGGAUUGUAUUAUCUUUGGGAUACAGGAGGCUUCCAAAAGUCUCCAGCCUCUCAGGCUUUUCCAAAGAAGAAACUGAGGCCAAAGAGAGCUGGAACUUACCCAGGGUCCAGCUGGUUUUGAGUUGCACCUGUAAAGGGACAGCUCUCAGAUAGGACAGAGCAUGUGUGUGUGUACACAGGGUAGUAGGGGGUUUAGAAGGGCCUCUACCCUCCUGCCAUCAUAGUUGGUCCCAGAUGGCAGAGCCUCAAGGAAACAUGCAUGCACACACGUGCAUGCAUGUAUACAUGUGCACAUGAGUGCAAGCACACACACAUACACAUACACACACACGCCCUUAUCUUUGCACCUUUCUGUCCACAGCAGAGGGCCCUGUCUGCUGGGAAUGGCUCAUCAGAAGUGGAAGUGGUGCCUUUCCACGUAGUGCUGGGCCGCAGCUACUGCAGGCCAAUGGAAACACUGGUGGAUAUUCUGACUGAGUACCCCAGCGAGGUGGAGCACAUAUUCAACCCUUCCUGCGUCUCCCUCAUGCGCUGUACCGGCUGCUGUGGCGAUGAGCAACUGCACUGUGUGCCAGUGAAGAUGGCCAAUGUCACCAUGCAGAUCCUGAAAAUUCCCCAUCAGCUUGAGCUGCAGGCCACCAUGGUGGAGCUGACAUUCUCUCAACAUGUACUCUGUGAAUGCAGACCUCUGGAGUUGACAAAGCCAGAAAGGAGGAGACCCAAGGGCAGGGGAAAGAGGAAGAAAGAGAAGCAGAAACACACAGACUGUCAGAAAGCCCACCUGGGUGGUGACUGGAGCUAACCAGCUCCUUGGAGGAGAGACCCCAUGCCCAGCUCGUAUAUUUAUUACCGUUACCCUCAGUGACCUCCUGCUGGUACCUCCCCUCUAUUUAUUAGCCAACUGUACCCCUGCUGAAUGACUUGCUCCCUCCAAGACGAUGGGCAGGGAGGGACGGGACCCUCAGGAAUUCAGUGCCUUAAACAGAACGUGAGAGAAAAAAAAAAAUGAAGCCAGCCAUAGACCUGUGGGAGCUUCGGCUUGGGAAGAAGCAAGACACGUGGCCUUGCAAGGGGCAAACUAGGGUACAGUGGCCCCAAGAGUCUCCAGGAGAAGGCAGAAGACAAGAGAGUGACCAGACUCUGACCCCAGGCUAUCCCUGGACAGCAGCUCUUAUCCUGGGAGCUCCUGACGGAGGCUGGGCUUUGGGUGUCUGCUGCAGCCGCUGCGGCCCUGCUGGAGCGGACAACAGGCAGUCAGUGGAGGGGACCCAGCCACGACCUCAACAUUCUCCUCGUCCUGGUGGACGCUCUUCACACUGGAGACUCGGACCUUCACUUCUGCAGAGCAGUGCCUGUGGUGGGGCUUUGCUGCUCCUUAUCCUUGAUCCCAUUUUGCCACCUGCUCAUUUCAGAAUAUUGUUCCAGCAAGGUGCCACCACCCUGCCCCCUCUCAGGGACACAGACCAUGGCCUGGCAUUGAACAGACUGCAGGCUGGACAAGGAGCAGCCUGGCCAAAUGGACUUGAAGUCACCAGGAGAGGGAUGGUGUGGCCCUAGCCCCAUGGCUGUGCACAGUGAAGCAGAUCCCCCAAGGCACUGGUGCUCCACCAGCUGCCCCUGCGGGCCAUCCGACUGCCAAGCUAGAUUCUCUUGAAUAAAGUAUUCUA